AUUAUUUUAUUAAUGACUUACUAAUUAACUCUUCUUUUCCUCUCUCACAUUAUCAAUCGUACUCACUUUUUUCUAUAAAUAUAACCAACAUCUCUCAUCCACUUCUUCAGACAAAACCAAACCCAUUUGGACUUUCUUUGUCUUAACCCUAAGAUUUCCAAAGGUUUUUCAACAAACCCGCAACGAUUAGCUUUUGUUCUAAUAUCUCAUCAAAACCCUUUCAAUAGGUGAAAAAAAUGGGAAGACCACCUUGCUGUGAAAAGAUUGGAGUGAAGAAAGGACCAUGGACACCAGAGGAAGACAUCAUCUUGGUUUCUUACAUCCAAGAACAUGGUCCUGGAAACUGGAGAUCUGUCCCAACUAACACAGGUCUGAGGAGAUGUAGCAAGAGCUGCAGAUUGAGAUGGACUAAUUAUCUUCGACCCGGUAUUAAGCGCGGAAAUUUUACUGAGCAUGAAGAGAAGACUAUUGUUCAUCUUCAAGCCCUUUUAGGCAACAGAUGGGCAGCCAUAGCAUCAUACCUUCCAGAAAGGACAGACAAUGAUAUAAAGAACUAUUGGAACACUCACUUGAAGAAGAAGCUCAAGAAGAUUAAUGAAUCUGGUGAAGAAGAUAAUGAUGGUGUCUCCUCAUCAAACACUAGUUCACAAAAGAACCAUCAAAGCACUAACAAAGGUCAAUGGGAAAGAAGACUUCAGACAGAUAUUAACAUGGCAAAACAAGCUCUUUGUGAGGCCUUGUCUUUAGACAAACCAUCAUCAUCAUCAUCGUUGCCGACACCAGUAAUCGCGCAACAAAACAUCCAUAGCUUCUCAUCAGCUUUGCUAGACCGUUGUUAUGAUCCAUCCUCUUCUUCUUCCUCUACAACCACAACUACGACUACAAGCAACACUACCAAUCCACACCCAUCAGGUGUAUAUGCGUCAAGUGCUGAGAACAUCGCUCGGUUGCUUCAAAAUUUCAUGAAAGACACACCAAAGGCUUUAACUUUAUCAUCUUCAUCUCCGGUUUCAGAGACCGGACCACUCGCUGCUGCAGUCUCGGAAGAAGGUGGAGAAGGGUUUGAACAAUCUUUCUUCAGCUUCAAUUCAAUGGAAGAAACUCAAAACUUGACUCAGGCGACAAGCUUCUUCCAUGAUCAAGAGAUCAAACCGGAAAUAAUAAUGGACCAAGAUCAUGGUUUAAUAUCACAAGGGUCUCUGUCUUUGUUGGAGAAAUGGUUAUUUGAUGAGCAAAGCCACGAGAUGGUUGGUAUGGUGGCACUAGAAGGACAAGAAGGGAUGUUCUAGUUCUAGAAGACUAGAACUAAACAAAAUGGGAUCUUUUUAAAUUGAGGGCUUCAUUAGUUAUGAGUUAUAACAAAUAAUAUAGAGUUAUAACCUAUAUGCUUAUUAUUGCAUUAGGGUUUUAGAGUCUUUAGUAGCUAGCUUUUAGCUCUACAACACUCUUUUUCCCUUUUGGUGAUAUAAAUAUCUCUCUUUUUUUCUAUAUUUUUAAAAAAUGUAUGUAGCAGAACGUAACGCAAAGGGUUCAUUAUCUUCAUAAAUGUAAUGUGUUGCACUUGGCUGAUAUGGUUAUGCAAAUUAAUGUCUUUUGAUGUUUUUGAUUA